UUUAUUUGUUAGAAACAAACGAGUACAGGAGGCCAAGAGAGAAGCUGAAGAAGAAGUAGUUCCUAAUUGCAAACACCUCAUUGCCGCCGUGUUGAAGUCCCGAAGCGGCGGUUCUCUCUGCACUCUACCAUUUAAUGAAACAAGAUCGCCCGAAAAACCAAAUUUAACGACGCGAAUUUCAGAGCUUUCACAUUCAUCACCACCAUCUUCAUCUUUCCAUCUUUGAUCUUUGAUCUUUGAUCCAUUCCAUUUCCCGCCUUUCUUCUUCACUCGAAGACUUUUCAUUCUACAUUUCUUUCACAGCGUUUGAUCCUGUUUCCCCGUGCUCUGUUUCAAUCUCCUUCUCAAGCCUUAGGUUUCCCACUGAUCUAGCACUGCGAUUGCCUUACCGUAUUUUGGCUGGAGAGCAGAUUUUUCCUUGAUCUCCAGUGGAUUUGUCAAUGGAUUCGUUUGAUGUGGCCUUGAAGGCCAAUACGAUGCCAUUUAGAAUCAGUAGUCAGUGUAUUAAGAAUCAAUGCUCCGGGUUCUGGGGAGAAAAUAUUGGGAGAAGCGAAAGGUGGAAACAGAUACAGAGGAAUGCCUAUUCGCGGAAGAAUUCUAAGUCUUCUUCUUGUAGCAGGGCUAGAAAGGUUGCACCGGGAGUUGCCUAUUCUGUUCUCAUGUCAGAAAUUAGUGAGGAAACAACAACUUUACAGGCUCCUAUAUUUGAGACUCCAAAAGCUGAUCCGAAAAAGGUUGCUUCAAUUAUACUGGGUGGAGGUGCUGGAACUCGCUUGUUUCCUCUUACCAGCCAGCGAGCCAAACCAGCGGUUCCAAUUGGAGGUUGUUAUAGGUUGAUCGACAUACCUAUGAGUAAUUGCAUCAAUAGUGGCAUCGAAAAGAUAUUCGUCCUAACGCAGUUCAACUCAUUUUCUCUCAAUCGUCACCUUGCUCGUAUUUAUAACUUUGGUAAUGGAGUGAAUUUUGGCGAUGGAUUCGUGGAGGUUCUAGCUGCUACUCAGACUUCAGGUGAAACUGGAAAAAAAUGGUUCCAAGGAACUGCCGAUGCUGUCAGGCAAUUUAUAUGGUUAUUUGAGGAUGUUAAGACCAAAAAUGUUGAGCACACUCUAAUUUUGUCUGGCGAUCACCUUUACCGGAUGGACUACAUGGAUUUUGUGCAGAGACAUAUUGACACAAAUGCAGAUAUUACAGUUUCAUGCAUACCUAUGGAUGAUAGCCGAGCAUCAGAUUACGGUCUGAUGAAAAUAGAUGAUACAGGACGUAUUUUACAUUUUGCAGAGAAACCAAAGGGGUCUGACCUGGAAGCAAUGCAAGUUGACACUACAGUUCUAGGACUUUCAGAUGAAGAUGCUAGAAAACAUCCUUAUAUUGCAUCCAUGGGAGUCUACGUAUUCAGAACGGAUCUUCUAUUAAAGCUUUUGACAUGGAAUUAUCCUACAUGCAAUGACUUUGGCUCAGAAAUUAUUCCAUCGGCUGUUAAAGACUACAAAGUUCAAGCAUAUCUAUUCAAUGACUACUGGGAGGACAUUGGAACCGUAAAGUCUUUUUUUGAUGCCAACUUAGCACUAACGGAGCAGUCCCCAAAGUUUGAGUUCUAUGAUCCGAUGACUCCAUUUUAUACAUCACCUAGAUUCUUGCCCCCUUCUAAAGUUGAAAAAUGCAGGAUUGUUGAUGCAAUAAUAUCUCAUGGUUGCUUCCUCCGAGAGUGUAGUGUUGAACACUCUAUUGUUGGCGUGCGCUCUCGAUUAGAGUAUGGUGUGGAGCUUAAGGAUACUAUGAUGAUGGGUGCGGACUACUAUCAGACUGAAUCUGAAAUUGCAUCUCUGCUUGCCGAAGGAAAGAUCCCAAUUGGCAUUGGAGAGAGCACCAAAAUCAGAUUAUUUGUCCAUGGUUUGGUCUUGUUUCUGAUUUUUAGGAAUUGCAUAAUUGACAAGAAUGCCAAGAUCGGAAGAAAUGUGGUUAUUGCAAAUACUGAUGACGUUCAAGAAGCAGAUAGACCAGAAGAAGGAUUUUAUAUAAGGUCCGGUAUCACAGUCACAUUGAAGAAUGCAACCAUAAAAGAUGGAACCAUUAUUUAAAACCGAACGGCAGCCUCUUAUUCUGGUCAAGAGAUAGCUGAGAGUUGAAAGGAAUCAAUUGCUUCGAGGCUUUCAACCUACAGUGCUCGGCAAUGCGUAAUUCACUUACGACUUCCCUUGAUGUAAAAUGCUAGUUUCUUUUAGUAUAUAACCAACACAUUUCCAUCAUGAAAAUAACAACUUUUGAUUUCAAUCCAUAUAUCAUAAGAGAUGACAAUAUUCAAAGCCGUUUAACAUCA